AUGUGUUACCGUUGUGAGAAUUUUCUACAAGAGGCGAAAGUAAAAUUGGUCCUCAAGAACCUUCUAGAGGCUUAUGACAAGAAGUGGGAUUUCAUAGAAGCUGAAGACUAUAAGGUCCUCAUUGAUGCAAUCUUCGAGGAGGAAGAUCCGCAGGCCACUGAAACGAAGAAGAAGCAAGAGAAAAGGGAGAUUAAACCUUUGGUGAAUGAGGAAGAAGACGAAAUGGAUGAAGAGGAAAUUCCUUUGAAAAAGAGAUUGCGCCCAAAGCGAGGAAGAGGUUGUGACAACAACACAAGCCUUAGCAUAUGCAGUGCCAUAUCACAGAAGCCAAACAAAGAUGCUUCCAAGAUUCAGCCUGAAGAGGAAGAUGAAGAUGAUGAUGAACUACCACCUUUAAAGAGGUACAUACGCAGAAGUGGUGAAAGAGGAUUGUCAAUGACUGUGUAUAAUAAUGCAAGUCCUAGCUUCAGCAGUCGCAUGUCAAUGGAUCCCGAAGAAGUACCAUCAAUACUUCCAUUGCCAGCUGUUCCUACACAAGAUGAAAAGGACUCUGAGGACGGUGCACUUAUUAUUCUCAACGAUGAGGAUGAGCCCAAUACCGAUCAUAAGCCUCUGAUUUUAGAUACAGGGAACUGCUCAGCUCCCAUGCUUGAGAUGGAGAAAUCAAAUACUCAUGUGGAAGAACGGGAUAGAGAAACUGAAGAGAUUCUCAGGAUUACUACUACCAAGGAUGUUCCUCCUUCAGCUACUGCUGCUUCGGUUGAAUUAGCUUCUUCGACAUCUGGUGAGGCGAAGAUUUGUCUAACUUUCUCGCCUGCAACUGGAGAAACAACGAGUUUGUGUUUGCCUUCUAUGGAGGAUUUUCGCAGAGCAAUGGAAGAGAAGUGCCUCAAGUCAUACAAAAUUGUUCACCCCGAGUUUUCAGUCCUUGGGUUCAUGAAGGACUUGUGUAGCUGUUACGUAGACAUGGUAAACAAUUCAACCAACCAGUCACUUGAAACAGAAACCGUGAGUAAGGUGGGUGAUGAAAGCGCUGCAGCUUGUUCGAUGGGGUUGGUAGUUGUUCCUGAAUGUGAGAUCUCUUCAGAUGGCUGGAGAGCAAUUAACAAUGUAAAGGACAUUACCGUUGGUGAAGAAAACGUUGAGAUUCCAUGGAUGCUCCAGUGA